GGACAUUAAUCGUUCGUUGUCGUACUGUACUUGAGCUAUUUGUAGAGCCUUAUUAAGAUAACAAUAAUAUGGCUAGUGUAUUUUGUGCUAUCUCUGUUAUGAUAUAACAUUUCCAUGUGUAGUAAUAAACACUGAAUUAUCCUUAUAGCAUAUUUAAUUGUUGGAUUAUUUUGUCAAAUGUGAACCAACUACACUAUAUGACAUUAUGCUUCUACGAUGCCGGGAAUAUUAAACUUAUAUAAUAUACUAUUAUUAUACGGACUUAGCAUUUUCAUCAACAUAGACGGAAAGGUACUGCAAUACACAUCAUCUCUUAAGACUACUGAACCGGAAAAUUUAACAAAUGUAACAGCUGAAAAGAGUAACACAUGGAACAUUAAACAUUCACAACAUGAUGUAUUCUAUAACCCCGUAUUACAGAAUGUUUCAUCUCUGUUUGAAUAUCUGAACUCGAUGCCGACAGAUAGGGCAACAAGCAAUGAAAGACAUUCGCGACAGAAGCGAUCACGAAGCAGGAAUUGCUCCGGGCAAUGUGAACACUCACUUUGUCCGUGGAGAGAGGAAUGGGACGAAGAAAUAACAAGAAUUCCACAAUUUAUAAGAUAUGCUGUUUGUGAGAAUCCGACUUGUAAUUUUGAUUUUGUUGGCCUCGGCGAUGUUUCCAUUGCUCUUGAAAUGCGUACACACUGUGAUCUCGUUAAGAUAGAUAUCCAGGUGACUGAAGACAACCAGGAAAAGUGGCUGACAGAUUGGCCUAUUGCAUGUGUUUGUACAAAGCGACAGAUUGUUACAGACUUUUUCACACAAUUUAGGCAUCCGGGAAAGAGUUCAGACGAAGCCGACGUUGAUAUUACGAACAAUGUAUCGUUAGAACCUAUCUCACGCCAGCGUAUGUUUCUUGGGGGAGCUCGGUACAGAUCACUGUCACGUGCACAAAGACGCAGGUUAAGACAUCAACGUCGUAAUAUGCGUAACUCUGAAAGCUGGGAACAAAUUAUGGAAAGAAAGAACAAUAGAACUUAAUGACUACAAUUUUAAUAGAGUUAUCUCAAUCUAAAUUACUAAGAAAUGAAUCGACAAACUUUUUUUAUAUGUGUGUUAAAGGACCAUUAGUUACAAAUGUGUAUGGUGGCUGA